CGUCCACCAUAAAAAAAAAACUCAUUUGUGCAUCAUGUACCCUUCUCUCCCACUAGAGUAUUCAUUAACAUCACCACCACCAUCAGCUCCUCCACCAUUAUAUCACCAACAAGCACCACCACCACAACAACCACCUCCUCAGCCGCAUGCCACUGGUGUUCCAGCUCAAUACGUAACUCCUCCUCCCCUUAACGUCAACUGGUCCAGCAGCCUUUGUGCCUGCUGCUCCGAUGUCCCCAACUGUUGCUUAACAUGUUUGUGUCCUUGCAUUACCUUCGGACAAAUAGCUGAGAUCAUUGACAAAGGGAACACCUCUUGCGGAGAACAUGGGGCCCUCUAUGCCCUAAUCCACGCUCUCACAUGCUGUGGAUGCAUGUAUUCUUGUACUUAUCGGACUAAGAUGAGGAGUCAACACGGGUUGCGUGAAAAUCCAUGUCCUGAUUGCCUUGUUCAUUUUUUCUGUGAACCAUGUGCCUUGUGUCAAGAGUAUCGUGAACUUAAGCAUCGUGGAUUUGACAUAUCUAUUGGAUGGGAAGGUAACAUGGAGAGACAGAAUGAUGUACAUAUGCCACCGGUGGCUCCUGGAGGAAUGUAUCGUUAAAACCAUACACAUAGCUCAUUGCGAGAAAUUGAAUUUUUAAAGAUGCAAUCUCAUUGCGAUAAUGCCACACGAUACAAGCUAGAGCAAAGAGCACAACCUCGACACACCUUUAGGGACGGUUUUAAUGCGUUUCGGUGUGGCACUGGCAACCCCUAACUUUUCUGAUCGUAGUGGAAAACUUUUUGAUUUUUCGAUUUUUUUACUUAUUUUUCAUGUAUCGGCAACACAUGCUAUGUAUUCCUGCGUCCGUUCCUACACACCUUUGAAGUUUGUGAUUAGCUCUCGAACCUUCAUAUCAAUAGAUCCUAUGGUGACUGGGAUAUGCCUCCACCAAAGAGAAACGUCAACUUUAAUCUCUUUUACAAAAAUACAAUCCAAAAUAAGAUGAAACUCAGUUUCACUGCAACUGUGACAUGACAGAAUGGGCAAAGAGAAGUAAUCAAAUUGAAACCAAUUCUACUAAGAUUAUACCGUGUCAGAAGUUUACCAAGUCUGGCUUUACAAACAAGAAUGGUAGCUUUACCCGGAACUAUUGAAUUCCAAGUCGCUUCAAUAGGAUUACGGUCCAAAAUAACCCAAUAAUUAGUUUAUCGCAUAGAUGACACCGUGUAAUUAACAAACAUCAUCAGUCCUGCCCAAAUCCGUUUGGUGUUGUGUAGUGGUGUUCAAAACCGGAUAUCCGAAAUUUCGUAUCCAAAUCUAUAUCCGAAAUUCCGAAUAUCCAAAUUUUCAAACACGGAGUCGGAUAUCAAAACAGAUAUCCGAAAAUUCUAAAAUUUUGUAAUU